CGCAAAGAAACACUAGCAAGAGGCCUGUGAUUAAUGCUUAACCAAUAGGAGGCGGCGAGGCCUCUGCAGCCCUUUGGCUCGGCGUUGCGGCCAGCUGAUGACGUGUAAAGGGCGGGGGUUUCCAUCAUAUCAGUGCGGGAAGGCUGGCAUUGCCAUGGCUCCGUGUAAGCAGUGAUUGAGCGGCUUGAGACCAUCACACACCAUGGCGGAAGGGAAGCCGGAAGAGCGUGGGGCUACUCCGCCGCUCUUAGUUUUUCUGGAUCCUUCUCCGGUGGACGGAGCCUCCGCGCCGCUGGUACCUGUCCAGCCGGUAGACAGUGGCAGGGCGACCCCCGGAAGCGCCGUUAGGUUUUUCUCUGGUAGGGUUAGGGAGGAUGAGGAGGCCGGGGAAGAGGAGCCGUUGCUAAAGAGGAACGCUGCGCUGUCACCCAAAGCGGCCAGGAAAGGGAGAACGCGGCUCAGCUCGUCCUCGGACCGGGACAGUCUCCUCAACAGCGCCGGCCACAGCGGAACUGGGGAGUUGAAUGUAAUUUUGGAUGAUGUGGAAUUUGCAGACAUAAUCCACAGAGCGGAGCAGGCCGCUGAAAGUGGGGUCCUUCCAGAGAGAAUUUCCCAGGGGUCCAGCGGAAGCUAUUUCGUUAAGGAUCCAAAGGAGAAAAUCAUUGGAGUCUUUAAACCAAAAUCAGAAGAGCCUUACGGCCACCUUAAUCCAAAAUGGACCAAAUAUUUUCACAAGAUCUGCUGCCCUUGCUGCUUUGGCCGUGGCUGUCUCGUUCCCAACCAAGGAUAUCUUUCUGAGGCCGGUGCCUAUCUGGUAGAUGAAAAAUUGGGAUUAGGAGUUGUACCAAAAACUAAGGUAGUGUGGCUUGUCAGUGAAACAUUUAACUACAAUGCGAUAGACCGGGCAAAAUCUAGAGGCAAAAAAUAUGCUUUAGAAAAGGUGCCAAAAGUGGGAAGAAAAUUUCAUCGCAUAGGAUUGCCUCCCAAGGUUGGGUCUUUUCAGCUCUUUGUUGAUGGUUACAAAGAAGCCGACUAUUGGCUUAGAAUAUUUGAAACGGAUCCGUUGCCCGAAAACACCCGCAAACAGCUCCAGUCCCAGUUUGAGAGAUUAGUUAUACUGGACUAUGUAAUCAGGAAUACUGAUCGCGGUAAUGACAACUGGCUAAUUAAAUAUGAAAGCCAGGAUGACGAUGCUGAUAUUUCAGAGAAGGGAAGCGAUUUGCCAGUGUCAAAGGAUUGGGCAACUAAAGAACCGCUCAUCAAAAUUGCUGCGAUCGAUAAUGGCUUAGCAUUUCCAUUCAAACAUCCUGAUGAAUGGAGAGCAUAUCCUUUUCAUUGGGCUUGGCUUCCUCAAGCUAAAGUUCCAUUCAGCCAAGAAACUAGAGAUUUGGUUCUUCCUCGCAUCUCGGAUAUGAAUUUUGUACAGGACCUUUGUGAAGAUCUGUAUGAGUUGUUUAAGGCUGAUAAAGGAUUUGACAAGGCAACGUUUGAGAAACAAAUGUCUGUGAUGAGAGGGCAGAUUUUAAAUCUGACGCAGGCGUUAAAAGACGGCAAGACCCCGAUUCAGCUUGUGCAGAUGCCACGAGUAGUCGUGGAACGAAGCCGCAGCGGAAGUCAAGGAAGGAUCGUUCAUCUGAGUAAUGCUUUUACCCAAACCUUUCACUGCAGAAAGCCGUUCUUCUCCUCGUGGUGAAGAGACCGGAGGCUGCACGGCCGUGAAUUUAUAAAGCUGCUCUUUUGCACAAAGUACUGCAAUAGCUGAAACCUGCUGUCUGAUAUUACCAGCUGCCAAAAACCUCUGGAUGUUUGGGAAUAUUUUUGAAUGUAAUUCUUGUUCAGUUACAUCGGCCGUCGUACAAUCGUUUUGUCGGGGAACGAGGCAGGGGCUGCGUUGGCUCGUACUGUAUUUUUCUAAUCUGUCGGAUUUAUAAUUUUUCAACGUUCGGAGGGACAUGCUGUAAAAUGUUUACAUAUGCUGGAACUUCUAAUCCGUGAAAACAAACUGCAGAUUUAAUUUCUUUUUAUAAUGUGAAAAUAUUUUGUAGAAAAAAAAAAAAUUAUAUAUGGAUAAUGCCACAUUAAAUGAAGGAAGUUUGAUUCACAUCUGGAGAUGCACUUUUUUUGCCUUUGUUUUCCCAAAAGUGCCCUAUCACUUUGUUAUUGAGGGAUAUUUUCACUUGUCACACCGUAUAGGGACCAAAAUGUAUAAUUUCACUUUCCAUCAAGUUUAAAUCCAUUGUGUCUUAUUCAUUAAACAAGUGUGUAAAUCCCCCCCCCCCAGUGGUCUUUUUAAGGCUUGUACUGAAUAUACAUUGUCAUCGGAUUUAAGAUCUAACCCUUGCGGGUCGUUGUCAGGCUGUGUUUUGACUUGGUUAAGUCCGGUAAGCGGCUUGCCCAGUUAUUACACAGUAUUGGAAGAUACAAGGGUUCGUAUUACUCCCCUAACUUGGGAAGGGCUAUGGGGGCCCACCAAAGCAUACGGCCCACCUCGGCUUCUGUGAUUUUAAUAUAUCGACCUUGCUGUUUACUGUAACAUCUUCAACUUGCACAUACUUUAGACUCAGGGUUUAUAAGUAAAACGUGAAUCACAAACCACUUAUCCACUAGGGUAUCUCGCGGGUGAGUGGGCUUUCAGAGUGCACAAUAUUCCAAUAACACGGCCUUAUCUCGAGACCACGUGUGCUGCGCUUCACAGAACAGUCCACGAGCCUCGAUCGUUCAUGUCUGCCAUAAAGGUAGCAGGAUACCUUCUCUUCCUAAAACUGUAGAUGUAAUCUCGCCAAGUACCCUUUGUUUUUUAUUCUUUCAUGUGGAAUAUGUGAAUGGGAAGAAAACAUUUAGAUUUCUGUACAAUUAAAACACUGUCUAAAGAAGAUUUGGGGAAAUCUACUUUCCAAAUGGCUGUAGAGUGUUGGGUUCUGUAUUUAAUUACAAAUGUUGAAUGCCUUCGUACAUCUUCUAUAUAUAUGUAUAUAAUGGUUUUGAAUGUAGUUAUGGAAAAAUAAAGGUUUUCUUCAAA